UCUCCAACCCCGCGAUGCUCAAUUCAUUUUUCAACAUUGACAAACAGGACAGCGCACAUAUUUUGUCGUGAUUCUUCGGAUUGUUCUUUUCUGUCCUUUAUACUUCUGAUUAUAUUCGUGUGUGUUUGUGUGUGUGUCCUUUGGCUUUCAUUUCAAAAUAUUUUCAGACAUAAGCCCAGAAAAGUAAACUAAUGUUGGUAGGAACUUUUCGCUGAGCAUUUGCAUCUACACGUCGCGUCACGGUGACGGACAAAACGCGCAAGAAUCAACAGCGACAUCUACUCAUUGCCUCUACACAGUGAAACAUCAUGCAGAGGUGAUGGGCAUUUUGUUACACAUCAGAGGGACAUUGCCUUACCUCCGAGGCUCCUCAGGGACGCGCAUUUGUAAAACGGUCCAUGGUGUGACUCGCACCUGCAGCACUCUGUUGACUGACAGCAGCAAGGGGGGGCUUGUCCUGUACUCCAAGUCCACCGACGUAUAUGAGAACCUUUCCCUGGAGGAUUGGAUCGAGGCCAACGUGGACCUGCAGCAUCGCAACAUCCUGUUGCUUUGGCGCAACAAGCCGGCCGUGGUCAUCGGGCGACACCAGAAUCCAUGGAAGGAGUGCAACCUCUCGCUCAUGAGGCGUACCGGAAUAUGUCUCGCCCGCAGGCGAAGUGGCGGAGGCACGGUCUUCCACGACCUCGGGAACCUGAACUUGACCUUCUUUGCUUCUAAGAAGGGGUAUGACCGCCAGAGGAACCUGAAAGUCAUCACCGAAGCCCUGAGACAUCUGCGGCCCGGACUGGAGGUUGAAGCCACCAAGCGAUUUGACAUUUUACUCAAGGGGCACUACAAAAUCACAGGAAGUGCCUCAAGAAUCAGCCGGAAGUCGUCCUACCAUCAUUGCACUCUGCUGCACUCGGCCGACCACGCCGCGCUCUCCCCCGUCUUGCACUCCUCCUGCCAGGGUGUCCACAGCAACGCCACGCCCAGCGUGCCUUCGCCCGUGGCCAACCUGGUAGACUACGAGCCCACAUUGACGUGGGAGCUGCUACUUGAGGCGUUGGCAAAGAAGUACAGUGCAGAGUUUGGCGGCAGCGCCAAAAUUAAUUUGGUGAAUCCCGCUGACGACUCUGCGUUUCCCGGUCUCCGCAGCGUGUCGGCAGAGCUGCGAGGAUGGGAAUGGGUCUUCGGAAGGACACCAAAGUUCAGCAUCCAAACACUUCUGAAAAUGACUGACGACCUCUCAUCAACCGCACGCGAAGUCCAGCUGUGUUUAGAAAUCAAGCACGGAGUGAUUGAGAGUUGUCGCUUAGACGUUUCCCCAGAUUGGCUCCCGCAGCGUUUGAGCGGCGAGCUGAGCGACGUGCUGGAGGGAGAGCGAUUUUGUCCGCAACGCACCGCCGCGGCUUUUGCGAUGCUGUUGCGUUGCGAGCGUGGCGAGAAGCAGAAGAAACUGCGCAGACUUUGUGAUGCCAUAUUGGCAGUCAUGGGCUAAAAAAAACAAACAAAAAAAACCGUAACCGGUCAUAAAACAAUUUUUGGAGAAAAAAACCCCUCCGUAUUGCGAUUGCUAUUUAACAUGUGAUUUGUUUUUUUCAAGGUCCUCUUCUCAUGUUCUUUUUUUUAAACAAACAAGCAAUCAAUUCAUCUGUAUUAUAAUAAAAAAUAUUCAAUCUGAUAUACAUAAAAAA